AUGGAUCAGCGGAGAAGGUUUACGCCAGGUAGCUCUGGCCGUCCCCAUCAGAAUGAUACGCGGCCCCAGGACGCUCCGGACAACAUGUACAACCCGGGCGGACCAUCCAGAAUUCUGGGUCGGCCGAGCGGAUCGGGGAACUUCCGGAACGGAGAUCGCUCGCAAGCGCCAACGGAUCCCCGCCCGCAUGUCGACGGGACCGUCAAGGAGAAGAAGGCACAGCUCGUGGAGAACCGUAUUUUCUCCCUGGAUCGACCUUCACCGAUGUUCCCGAACGCUAAAUGGUUCUGUCGGUUGUGCCAUCAGCAUUUCAACCAGAUGGUCUCCGCUGUGGAGCAUUGCUCCAUGAAGAUCCAUGCACGAAAAAAAGCCGCUUUGGAUUUGCGGAAAGUGGUGUUCGCGAUGCCGAGGGCGGUUGGAGAUAAUCACAAGCUCGCGCUGGAAGAAGAACUGAUGAAUGUUUACAACUCCCAGAGGAUGACGGAGGCGAACCUCGAGGUUCGCGAGGCAAUUCUGGAAGAGAUCUCGAAUUACCUACGGGAGAAUCUGACCGAGUCGAAUUUGAAGGUCGACGAGAAAUACCUCGAGUUCAAGCUGCUACUACUAGGAAGCUCCCUCAGUAAACUCGGACUGUCGACCUCCGACAUCAACAUGGACUUCCACCUCUGCAAUAGUGGGCCCCCAAACAUCCAGGCGAAAAUUUAUUUCGAAGUGCUGAAGAUCCUAGAAGAAUGGUCUGCUCUGAUAGAUUUCGACGCUCAGCUGAACGCGGCCAUACCGAUGGUGAAGGCUUUCCACAGAUCAUCGAAUUUCGCGGUGGAAAUUGUUUUCGGCGGAGUUGCUUCGCUGAAAACGAACCGCCUCCUACAAGACUACGGCUCGCUCGACGAGAGAGUGGCGCCUCUGGCCGUGAAUUUCCGCUAUUGGGCGAAACAGUGUUCUCUCGACGAUUCUCACAUAGGUUUUCUACCCGCACACUCUUUCGCGAUCAUGACCGUCUACUAUUUGCAACAGAUAUCCCCCCCAGUUUUACCGUGUAUUCACGACUCUAUGAAAGACACAGAAGAUGACGAUUACAAGAAACCCGAACAGCAGAACGACUGGAAAUCCGAGAACAACAUGAGCAUCGCUGAAUUGUGGCUUGGCAUGUUGCGUUUCUACGCGGCGGAAUUUCCCGUGAGAAAGUUGUGCAUCUCGAUCCGGAGCCGGAAGAAGACAACUCUAGCUACACGCCAAUGGCCUUCGAGAUUCAUCGGAAUCGAGGAUCCGUACAGCAAGAAGAAAUCCCUAGCCAAAUGCAUAGUGAGCGAGCAAGUGAUGCCUUACCUGUUGAUGUGUCUCCGCGCCUCGUACAUAUAUUUCGCUGUGCCGCGCACCGGCGAAAGACCUCUCUUCGAUCUUUCGUCUCAUCUGAAUCUCAACGAGAUCGAGGACCCUGAAGGAGACGACAUCGAAGACGGGCUCGCCGCGGAUGAGGAGGUACCGGAAGCAGAAGACGAUCAGGACCAGGUCGACGAGGAUCAGGAGGCGGCCCCUGAAGCCGAGUCGGCCGACGUCGAGGAGCUCAAGGACCUCCGAGGUUGGAAUCAAAGCUGGCCGCCCGCGGUGCAGACUCAAAUUAGUGAAUGCGAAAAUUUAAAGUUCUCAAUGGAAAACGUCGAAGCACUGACAGGGAAAACGAGUGCUCCGGUCGUGUGCAUUCUGUGCCGGCAAGCCGGUCAUCGCUCCAACAACUGUCCGGAAGCCAAGUUACCGGAAGCCGUGCCCGUCGACGGUUCGGCUUUCGCCGAUGCGUUCGGACAUCACGCCGAGCUGUGUCAGUAUAUCUUCGAGAACUUCCGACCGACGAUCUCGGAACGCGAACUGAGCGCUCGGGUCGAAAUCGUCCAGAACAUAGAGAGCUUCAUACAGAAAACGAUGCCCGAAGCGUACCUGACGCUUUUCGGCUCAUCGAGGAAUGGUUUCUCGCUAGAGAAGGCGGAUCUGGAUAUUUGUCUCAAGUACAAAAACAAAGAAGAUAUCGACCCGAGCAUGGAUGUCAAAGACAUCAUCAAGAGAAUCAGCAAAAUUCUCGAGAAGCAUCCAGACAUCAGCGACGUUCAGGCCAUUGCGUCGGCGAAAGUCCCGAUCGUGAAAUUCCACCACGACCCCUUCGGCGUCGACGGAGACAUAUCACUGUACAAUGUUUUGGCCGUACACAACACUGCCAUGUUGAAAGCGUACAGCAUGAUCGACGAGCGUGUCGUGCGUCUCGGUGCUGCCUUCAAACAAUACGUGAAACUCUGCCAUAUGGGCGACGCGUCGAGGGGCAGCCUGAGCAGCUACGCGUAUAUUGUGAUGCUCAUCCACUACCUGCAGGUGGAGAAUGUGGUCCCGGUACUGCAGUCGAUACCGCCGAUCGGCCAUCCGGCGGGAGAAGAGCUGCCCAAGGUCAUGAUCGCCGGCUGGAACGCUUUUUAUUUCAAGGACAUCGAGAAGCUCAGCGAGGUCUGGCCUGAGUAUGGAAGCAACCGAAAAACCGUCGGUCAGCUUUGGCUUGGUCUUAUCGAUUACUAUGCGACGAAAUUCCGCUUCGAUCACUUCGUCGUGAGCAUCAGGCAACUAGAGCCGCUCACUCGACUUGAGAAAAUGUGGACGAACAAACCAUUGUGCAUCGAGGACCCAUUCGAGCUCGAUCAUAAUUUGGGGACCGGAAUCUCAGCAAAAAUGGCGAGAUACAUUUUCUCCGCGCUGAUAACCUCGAGGAACUGGUUUUUGCGGAGUCCGGAGAAGGUGUUUUCCAAUUCGGCGGCGACGUACAAACAUUUCAUGGAUGUCCGGGAGUUAGCAGUCGGCAAACCACCCAAAGAUCGGGGAUGCAAAAGAUGCGGGAAGAUUGGUCAUUGGAUGAAAGCGUGCCCACUGAAGCACGGCGAAGCACCAGGUGAGCUCGAACGGAAUAGAAGAUCGAAUCGACGCGUUUGUCAUUCUUGCGGGCAACCCGGUCAUAUCGUCAAGGAGUGCCCGACGAGGCUCAAACAAAUCAGAAGUCAGAGAGAACGCCCCAUGCAGCAUCAUCAACAGCAGCCUCUCAUGCAGGACAAUCGGUUCCACAGCCAAGCAUUCCCGAAGCCCAAUCAUCCUCAUAUCGCUCCGGACGACAUGAAUAAUUUAGCUGGGAACAGUCGCGCGCCUAGAGUGGACGGAGGUCUUGCCCUCGCACCUGAAGAGAAAACAGGAUCGGAUGGGGAAACGAAACCCUUCACGUUCCAAUUCACUAUCCCGGAGGAGGUGAGAGAAGGUGCGAAUUCCGCCGAGAAUUCUUUCGCUGCACGAGACGGCGGGGAAGUUCCAGACGGUAAUGCGUCGAAAACUGAGCCUCCGAAUGCGGGACAGAGUAAAAAGUCGAAAAAGACUCGCCUCUCCCGUAGAAAACGCCGAGCUGGAGAGACCCAAGGCUCUACCCCAGGUCCUCUGGAGACCACAGCCCAGAGCUCGAGUGAGAGCGCACAUUUCGCCUUAGCCGAGGGGCAGGUUGCGAUUCCGGGCAAACCGCCUGCGACUGUAGCUGAAGAGGCGCUCUCUUCCCGGACGAGUGAUCCCGUAGAGGUUUCCGAAGACGCGAAACCAGUAUUGCGAGAACCAACGGCCGAACCAGCAUCUCAGUGUCAAGUUCAAGAAGCAACUGCUCAGGAGGAUCGCGAUGAAGCAGGGGACCCUCCGCGAGUUCUCAGAAACGCCACGAAUCUCGACACAGUCGAUUCGAUUGGUGUCGACGUGUCCGAUGGGCCCGGGCGGAAAGACGACGGACCCGGAAGCAACAGAACAGAAUCGGAGGUCACGGAGGAGCCACAAGAGCAGGGCACUGGGGGCUCCGAGGGGCAUGAGAGGGAAUGCUCGCGAUCGCCCUCCGUCACCGAAACGGGAGUUCCCGGACGCAUGCCUGGGCCUGGGAAAGAUGCUCGGAAAGCGGAAGUGGAAUCGGAGGCGGAGCAAACCAGAAAGAGUCCUCAGAAAUCUCGCCGAGCGCAGCAUUCCACGGAAGCUCCCGCGACGUCCGACGACAAUCGUCUCGGGACACACUCCCGAACAGACAGAGCGAAAUCCAAGGUCGAAACGGUCGCAGAGGUGGAGUCCAGCCAGGCGGCUCGGGGUGCCGAUGCCAAGGAAGAUGAUGGAGCACAGGCCGAAGAGCUCGAGCGUCCAAAUGACGGAGAAGAAGCUCAAGCCGAUUGUGAUAAUGUCACCGUCCGGCGAUCGCGAAAAGCGAUGAAAAGAGCCAAGAACAAAGCUUCGAAGAGAUCGCAGAAGAAACGUGAGCUACUUGCCGCUUCGAGUCUCAGCGAUAAGAAGGAGGGGCAAGACGAAGGAGGUUCUGACUCGCCUCCUUCGGAACCGGAUUCACCCGAUGAGGCUAUGCUGCGCAUCAUGGCUCAUCUCGAGAGAUCAUUCAGGUCUUUUUCCGGCCAGCAGCCGCAGCAACUCUCUCCGACCCACCUUCAGUUCCAACAACAGCAAUUCCAGCUGCAGCAGCAACAACAACACCUGCAUCAACAGCAGCAAUAUAAUUUCUCUCACCCAAUGCAUCAACACCCGCUGCACCUGCAGCAAUCAACACAAAUGCAACAACCGAUACAGGCUCAAAUGCACCAGCCGUCGCCGGGACAGAUUCAGCAACCGCUGCAGUCACCGCAUCCCAUGGCUGAGAACUUCAACCACGGUGGUCCCUCCCCGUGGCAGAAUGUGCAACGUCCACACGGUUUCCCGGCUCCGGAGAUGACCUCAUCGACCUCGCCACCGAUCGAGUACGAGAACCGAAUCGGACCCCACCAGAUCCCACCCGGUUUCCUGGGUCGUCAACAACAGCCCGCGAUGCCGUUCCCAUCGAUGUCGUCAAUGUUCGGGGUUCCGCAGCCAAGCCAAAGUCGUGUCUCGUAUUUGUCAGACUUGGAGCAGUCCUGGGAAAACCAGAUGGCUUCGAACAACGAUCACGGUUUCAACCGACUUCCUCCUCAACGAGCUCCGCCUCCAGGAUACGGAAAUUUGAUGCCUAUGAACGAUUUCCACCAAGAAAAACUUCCGUCCGCAACUCCUCCCUAUCAGAUGCCGAAUCAAGCUACAAUGGAGUCGGCUUCGCGUUCCCAGAUGACUUGGGGUCCGCCCGAAAACAACUUCGUGAAUCAUUAA